CAAAAUUUUGAUGUUUUAGUUAAAAAUAGCUCAAGGAAUUUGUUGAGAUUGCGAUUAAAUUUAGUUUUGUCAUGAGGUUUAUUGUUUUCCACUGUUGCUUUUGUAAACAUUGUUCAUAAAAUUUAACUCUUUACGGCAUGCUUACAUGGCCUGCCAGUCUAGAUUGGCAAAAUUUUUGUAACCUGAUCCAAAAACCGUGCCCACCCCUGCUGUAUAGUGUAUAUUUCCUCUCACGAUUAUUUGUUAUUUUUGUUCAAUUUUUAAUAAUACUGUUUGCUAACGUCGUAAUUGCUUAGCGGCAUUAUUCUCGACUGUGUUGACUGCACAUCUCAGUUAAAAUUGAAUGCCCCCAGGCUCACCCAAACUUGAGGAGCUGGCCCAGUUAAAUAAAUUUUAAUUUUUCUUUAUCGACGUGUUAUAUUCUUACACGUCCAAAUCAAUUCUUUAUUUAGGUUAAAAUCCUAUUUUCAUUAAUGUUACAAAUACCAUUUUACCCCCUGUGCGGAGGAGGCCAGCGUUACUGGCAUAAAAAUGCAUGAAAAAAAUUUGUUGGCAAGAUUCAAAAAAUGAUAGUGCCUUAAAUACUGUUACAUAUCAGUGGCUGCUUGUUUUGAUCCUUGGUACAGAGCAGAAGUCGAGAAUAUUCAUUGUAUAACAAAUUGGAGUUAAUUUUUGUGUCGUUUGAAUUUGCGUAACUUUUGUAAACUUCGAUAAAUUAUCAAGAUUCAAAUAUUAAAAAAAAUAUUAUAGUGUUGUCACCCUAAAUCUUUAACUGUAUAUUUAUUUUUUUUAAUAUUACAGAGUCAAGUUACAUCAGCGUCUCGCUGUGAUUUAUAGCUAUUGUUUAUCAGUAAAAGGUACAGAACAUGGCUGAUUUUAAAAAAUCUGCAAAGAUUACCCACUCAUUGAAUAUACUUUCAUCAUUCAAUGAACUAAAACAAUCUGACUGCAUUUGUAACUUCACAAUCAAAGUUGGUGACAAAUCUUUCAAAGUCCAUCGAGACUUGCUUGCCGCAGUAUCAAAGUACUUCAAAGGCAUGUUUUCAAGUAACAUGGUUGAGGCUCGGAAUGGUUUUGUCAUUAUGAAAGACAUUUGUGCUGAUGCUGUAGGGCAGUGUGUAGAUUUCAUGUAUACUGGUGAAGCAAAUCCAUCCAUGGAAUCUGUUGAAAAUACUUUGUAUGCCUCCCACUUAAUGCAGCUUGAUGUAUUAUCAAGUAUAUGCUUUAAUUUCAUGGAAAAUAAUCUGUCAGUGCAGCAUUGCCUUCUAGUGGUCAGGUUGGCAAGACUUUAUGAUCGUACAGAGCUACAGACCAUUGCUGAGCAAUUCAUUGUGGAUAAUUUUCAGUCUCUAAUUUUGGGUGAAGAUUUUUUACAUUUCAGCAAUGAAGAACUCAUAUUCUAUCUGCAAAAGUUGGAUAAAAAUCAUGAAGUAGUUUGGCAUGCUGUGAGAAGAUGGAUUUCAAACAAGGGUGAAAAGAUUGGAUCAGAAUUAAUGGUUACUUUGCAUUUCGGAGAGUUUCCUUAUAAAUUUUUGCUCACUGAUCUGCUAAAUGAUUCUUUGGUAGAAAGUUCUCCAGAAGCAAAAAGUUUUGUCAUCAAAAAAUUGCUUUUCAAUAUUGAUGGGUUGAAAGAGAAUUUGUCUCUCGACACUUUAUUCAUUUUACGAAAGAUUAAUCUGUUCAAAAACAAAGUUUGCUCAGAGAAUGUGAGAAAUAUAAUCAAUGAAUUUAUGGCUCAAAAUUUUGAGCAGAUUGUACGGAUGGAUGAAUUUAUUGAGUUGGAAAAAAAUGAAAUUUUUUUCUUGUUCAGAUCUCAGGAAACAAAAUAUUUCCCAGAGAAAAUUAAAUGGGAAGCUGCACUGAAAUGGGCCAAACAAAGUCGUCGUCAUCAGAAAGUUUUUCCAGACUUGUUCGAGUUGAUGAAACUUGAGGAAUUUUCUGAUGAUUUUAUUAAACAAACAGUCAGGAAUGAACCUUUGGUUAAAGAGUCGCAUAAGUGUAAAGAUUUAUUGCUUGAUGCUUAUUCCAGAGCUCGGACUGGGAAACUCGGACUUGUCCCACAUAUUGCUGUCUCAACAAAGACUGGUAUAAAGGCUCUGAAUCCCCAAACAAAUCAAUGGUCUAGUUUGCAUUCAGAUUAUGAUGUUGGCUUUCACCUUGUCAAUGCUGAGAGACGAUUGUAUGCUUCAGAUGGGAAUGAAUUGUCUUUGCUACAAGAUGGUCGAUGGAUUAAGAGGGCCAAGGUUGAAAGGAAGAGUACGAUAAGAUACGAUAAGAUGGUUUAUCUCAAGGGUGGGAUUUAUAUUAUCAGCUGUGAUCAGCAUACAGUGCGAUAUGACAUUGCCAAAAACAGAUGGGAUAAGAAUUUGCCUUCAUGUGGUCAUGGUGUUGAUUUUUGUGCUGCUGCCUCUGAUGAGUUCAUAUAUGCGAUGGGAGGUUGGUCAACAAUGAAAAAAGCAAAUGUAUACGAUCCUGGAACAAAGAAAUGGUCUUCCCUGCCACAGAUGAUUCAAGCAGCAUAUAAUAGUGCAGCAGUCGUUUUUCAAAGUAUGGUUUAUGUACUGGGAGGUUCUGAUGGAUAUCGAUUUCACAACCUUGUUCAAUGUUAUAACCCUGUCGUUCGCUCAUGGACAGAAAUUGCAAAAAUGAAGAUGAAUAGAGGUUUGUUCAGUGCAUGUGUUGUUGAUAAUAAAAUGUAUGCAGUCGGUGGUGCUAGAUGUGAAAACUUGACUAAGGAUUCUAUUGAAACAUUCAAUGAAGAAACUGGUGAAUGGGAAUUAGUCUGUGAAAUGGAUCGGCUUGGGGUUGGAUGGGUUUAUUGCUGUAGCUUUGCUCGAUAAAUGAGUUAGUUAUCAGUGAUAAAAUCCGACAAUAACGAGAUAUACUUGUUUUCGUAUAUAUAUACUGUACUGGGCUGUAUUAACUUUCAUGUUUAGUUAUACUGGUUCAAUGAACUUGAAAUUCUGACUCCACUAUCAACUCUGUUUCGAAGAAUCUACAAUUCGGACCUCAGAGUCAAAUCUCCACAGUCCUGACCAAAGAGUAAAAUGUCUGUCUAUCUAUGUUUUGAUUUUUGUACCUAUAUAUUCAUUAUUUUGAAUGUUUUGAAUUGAAUUUCUACUAAAUCAUUGUUCAUGUCAGAUUUUAUAAAAAUUUUAAUUUCGCUUCAAAAAGGCUGAAUUUUAUGAUUUGAAGAACUGUAUAUUUUUUUGAUUUUUGUCAUCCGUAGUUUUUGUUUGAUUA